CAGUCUGGCCGUCCAGUUGAAGUUGAUGAAACCCAUAUCAAGGCCAUUAUCGAUUCAAAUCGUCAUAGCACAACGCGUGAGAUUGCAGAGAACCUCAAUGUAUCUCAUACAUGCAUUAAAAAAAAUUUAAGACAGCUUGGCUAUGUCAAGAAACUCGAUUUAUGGGUCCCUCAUCAGGUUAAGAAAAUUCAUUUGACGCAACGCAUUAGCAUCUACGAUUCGCUUUUGAAACGCAACGAAAUUGAUCCAUUUCUGAAACGACUGAUUACUGGCGACGAAAAGUGGGUAGUUUAUAACAACAUUAAUUGGAAAAGAUCGUGGAUGAUGCAAGAUCAAUCAGCCCAGACGACACCAAAAGUUGAGAUUCACCAAAAGGAGAUUAUGCUGUCAGUUUGGUGGGAUUAUAAAGGAAUUCUGUACUUUGAACUUUUACCAAGAAACCAAACGAUUAUUUCAAACAUGUACGUUCAACAACUCGCCAAACUGAGAGAUGCAGUUCAAGAAAGGUAGCCCAUUAUGAUAAUGCAAAGCUCCACACAUCUUUGGUGACUUGCCAAAAAUUAUUGGAACUAGGUUGGGAUGUGUUGUCACAUCCACCAUAUAGCCCUGACCUUGCGCUUUCAGAUUACCUAUUUCGUUCCAUGCAGAACUCCUUAAAUAGUAAAAUUUUUAAUGAUGCUGAUGUAAAAUCACAAUUAAUUCAGUUUUUUGCUGGCACAAAUCAGAAGUUUUAUGUACAUGGAAUUAUGACACUGCCUGAAAGAUGGCAAAAGGUCAUCAACAAAAACAGACAAUACCUAAUUGAAUAAAGUUAUAUUUUUAAU